AUGCUCAAGCCCUACCCGGUCGACGGCAAAUGUCCAAAGGCUAGCUGCAAGCUGACCAUCCGGGCCUGCCGUCCGGUCGAGUUGGCGAAGCUCAAGUACUGGUUUUGCCCGGAAUGCCGCAAACACUACAAUGGAUAUAACAUCCACGGUGUAGAAGGUAUCUUGAACUACUGGGCCUACAAGGCCAUGUGUGGUUUUUCCUACUGCGUUACUCCCGGGACAGUUCCUGGCCAUGUGGUCUUCGGCGGAACCCUGCCUGCCCUUCUCGGGACCUCGAGAAUCCGAUGUGAGCUUCUCGCCUUGGAUAAGGCUUGGCCUCACACCGUGCUCGAGACGAAGGCUCAGUGGCUGCGGAGGCUUGAAAGGGCUCGGACAGUGACGCUGGAACUGGCUAGGACUUGGUCCAGUAGGCGCGGCCGCAUACAGAGCAACGACGAGAUUCGUGUGCAACCGGGGCUGGCAUCGCCCAUGUCUACGUACCCGUUCCCCUAUGUCCGUGAUCAUGUGCUCAGCCCGAUCACAGAAGCAAGCGACUCCGUAGGGUCUACCACAAAACCGCCCUUGCGGGUGAAAACCAUAUCUCGGGAGACGCCACAGGUCCACCUUCGCACGCUUGCAAAGCUGUGCGGGGAAGCUCCCUCGGGGAAGCCGUCUUCUUGGUUGGGUGAAAUACAGGGUGCGGGAUCAUCUACUACAACCCUGGUCGAGAACCCUUUGGAUCCCUGGGCUUCAACUCGGCGCGAGACGGCGGAUGAAAAAUUUCACCAGGCUUCGGUAGGGUUCACACAGCCGCCGAGUCGUCAAUUGACUGAGCAGUUUAACCAGCCCCAGCGCAAUAUCCAGCCUAACUCCACAGGGCCCGAUACUUCUGGGCUGGAACCCUUGAGCCACGGAUCUGGGAAGGUAUCGGAGAGUAUGAGGAAUGACAACGUGCCUAGAACUGAUUUCGCCUACUGGGGCCAUGAGGUGUGGGAGGAGGACCCAACCAACACCAGUUCGGUUGAACCAGCCCAAGGAUCUUUGGGAAAAGAAUCGGAACGUCUUCAGGCUGAUGAUCUAACUAACAGUUCCUCAGCUGAGCCAAUCCAAAAAUCACCUCGUAGGGACCCUGGCGAUGGCAUCCUCAACUAUAAAGCGUUUGCCGAAGUCACCCUCGGCGAGGUCAACGCGAGGGAGGUGACGCGGGAACAGAAGCACGAGCACGAAAAGCCCAACAUGACCAGCCGGUUCUCCGUUUCAGUUUGUGACGAGGACGAGGCAGCCGAGCGAGCCACCAUCGCUUCUAUUAGUCCGGCUUCUGAGGACGAGGCCUUCAGCUUUGAAGAUCCCGAGACCGCCAUCCCGGUGCCUGAGACAAAAGAAGUGCAGGGGGGCCAGUUACCGGAACCGUCCAGGAGUGGUCUCGUCGCUGAAAUUGGCAACAAGCACGACUGA